AUGCCUUCUAAACAGGCAGAGGCUUGUGUCCCACGUGCUGAACUGCACGUACUUGACGAGGGCCCUGUGGAAGCCUGCGAUGGCGAUAAGCGGGAAGAGCUGCAACUCACACUGGGGGAUUCUGCCGAAGCCCAGACUGCAGUUCGUUACGGCAGAAGCACAUCACGGAUUGACGUCCGCAACAUCGGUCCUGAUGGCUGCCUGCAGUCGAGCCAGGUUGGUGGGAAUUCAGCAAAAGAGAUGGACUGUCCAGGGGUUCAGGGAGAAGAUCGCGAAGCUGNNGAGGAGGAAGCUCGCACGCCUGUCUUCGCGACCGUAGAUGUAGACGUUGGGUUAGAGUUGGAGGGCGAGCAAGCGCCGGGUGAGUCAAUUGCAUGCGCAGAGCUUGCUGGUGCCGAACCACGCAAUUCGGAUCCAGAUGUCGAUAUCCCAGCUAUGCCAGCAUCCGUGCCAUCUGAUUGCAAGAUCACCGAUGCACCACAAUGCAUGGCAAGCAUUGAAUCGGAGGAGGCUGUGCAAGAGCUUUCCAAGGGCAUUGCGGAAUCUACAUCCAAACCGGCUGUUGUAGAUUCGCCAAGCAUCACCAGCGCAGAAGAUGCAAACACGGGGCUGCAUCAGCAGGACGAGAGUGAGUUCGGCCUGAUUUUGCAAGACAGGCUUUCUGCAGCAUGUGAUGAGCCCUUUGAGGGGAGGCUGUGCGGAAGCGACGGAGAUUUCUUGCUGGGCUUGUGCCAAGACAAGCUCGCACCUGUUUCUGACCGCACGGAGGUCCCGCAUCGCACCGUCGGGAACAUGGCCGCAGACUUGGAGCACAUCGACGACGGAGCUGUGCGCAAGGAUUCCAGACAUGCUGAACUGCACGUACUUGACGAGGGCCCUGUAGAAGACUGCGAUUCUGCUUUAACAGAGUCUGGCGAUAAGCAGGAAGAGCUGCAACUCACACUGGGGGAUUCUGCCGAAGCCCAGACUUCAGUUCGUUACGGCAGAAGCACAUCACGGACUGACGUCCGCAACAUCGGUCCUGAUGGCUGCCUGCAGUCGAGCCAGGUUGGUGGGAAUUCAGCAAAAGAGAUGGACUGUCCAGGGGUUCAGGGAGAAGAUCGCGAAGCUGCCAUUUCACUCACUGAUGCACUCGAGGAGGAUGCUCGCACGCCUGUCUUGGCGACCGUAGAUGUAGACGUUGGGUUAGAGUUGGAGGGCGGGCGAACGUGUUCCAAGCUGGCUGUUGCCGGGCCAGGCAGUUCGGAUCUGCAUGUCGAUAUACCUUUGCCGACUCUGCCAGCGUCCGUGCCAUCGGAUAGCGAUGCCGUCGAUCCUGAGUUGAGCACAAGGCAACAGCAAGAUGCAUCCGAGGCGUCUGCCAGCUUCCUUGAGGCCACCAAUGAGCUGCCUAUGUGCGCAGACUGUGCAGCUUCUGGUUUAGACUCGCGGAGCUUCGCCAGUGCCACCAGUGCCCUGCCCGAUCAGCAGAUGCUUACGGUUGGUUCAGCUGGAGCGAGCAAUUUGCCGGCUUCCAGCCAUGCCGCAGACAGCCGAACGAAGCAGAUUGAGCCAGCGCUGCGUCAUUCCCCCUCCACUUCAUGCCUGAGUUUGAAGACUUCAGUGGCUCGGAAGGAUAUGAAGGAUUGCCGGUCGAGCGAGGCGCCGAAGCCGAAGAACAAACCCUUCGAGUCCCGGCCGGUCCCGGUGUCGAAGAAGCAGCCCGAAGGGGCCACCAAAGUGCGCCCUUCGAGACUUACAGCGGGUUCCCUUCCUUCGCAGCCGCACCACAAGGAGCCGACAGCGACAAGCCACGCUCCGGAGAAGGAGAAGGCCAGCCAGUCUAAGAAGGACGUCCGCGAGUUCUGGCAGGCUUUGGACAAGAAGGCCGUGGAGUCGGAAAAGACCAGCAGGAUACCGCGACCCAGGAUCCCCGGCACGGCAACAUGCGGCGAGGCCGCUGCUCCGCAGGCCUCGUCGACCAUCGCAGCGGAGAAGAGAGGCGAACCGCGGGAUCGACCUUCCGAGCCGCGGCUGCCAUCGAAGAAGACCCUGGCUCCCAGCAAGAUUCCGCGCCCGCGGCUCCCCACGGGUACGAGCAGGGCUCCGGCAGGGCAGGAGGAGCGCCCGAAGCCCAAGGCCAGAGCGUUGUGCAAGGUACUCACGCUCAGAGCUUGCAGGGGCCACCAUGCUUUUGUCCAGGUACCAGACAGGAAGGCUGCGGCCAUGGAGAGAGCAGACACCAUCCCAGCAAGGAGCCUGCAUGCCUCUGCCAUCCUCUGCCCCUGCGUGACAGAAAGGGAAUGUCGAGUUGAGUCUAAAGUCUAA